CAGAUAAAAGGUAGGACAGGAGGAGGAGAGAGAGGAAAGUGUCUAGGCUAGGCUAAACAGCAUGAAGUGGCUCUCGCCCACCAGCAGCCUCCUGCUGCUAUUGUUGCUCCUAAGCCCAGACCCUGGAGCAGCAUUGUUACUGCCACCCAGCACUACCUGCUGUACUCAGCUCUACAGACAGCCACUCUCCAGAAAGCUACUGAGGAAGGUCAUUCGGGUGGAACUGCAGGAGGCUGAUGGGGACUGUCAUCUCCAGGCUUUCGUGCUUCACCUGGCUCGACGCAGUGUUUGCAUCCAUCCCCAGAACCGCAGCCUGGCUCGGUGGUUUGAGCGCCAAGGAAAAAGUUUCCCAGGGAAGGCUCCCUGCCUGAAUCUGAUGCUACAAGGGAAAAUGGGCUGGAGUCCCCAACAGCUAAAAUAAUAAAGCAAGAUUAGACAAUGAUCUGAG